AUGAAAGAAAAAAAAAUUGCCGAAAUUGGUCAAGAUUUGCCUGAACAGAAAAAUUUAGUUACUUUACAAACUCAAAUAACUAGCAAACAAGAGAUUAAUAUCGACAUCAUUAAGGCUUUUACUAACGUGGAU